AUGUUACAUGACAAUGCGAGUCACGAUAAUGAUGGCAAUGGAAUCAGUCAAGUAUUCGCAAUCAAUACAGACGGCAUUUUUAUGACUAAUCCUAAAAACCAAUACCCCAACAAGAAAGAUGUCGAAUUUACAACAGACAGUAUCGGACAGAUAUUCCAAACUGAUAGCCCAGCUGUAUAUUUCGAGAAACAUUACAGGGAGAAUUUUAAUCCUGAUAAUUACUCUGAUUAUGUGGGAGACGGUGCUAUUUAUUAUGGCGGUGCCGGAUGUGGUAAAACAUAUCGAUUAUGCCAAAAGGCACUAGCAGCCGAUGACCCCAUAAUCCUAUCAUUUACUAAUAAGGCUAUCCAGAAUGUAAAAUCGGCGCUGUGUAAUGUGUACAAUAAUUAUGAGUUAGCUAAGAAGUGUUACACAUUUGAUGUGUUCUUUUGUGAUCAUCACGGACGUGACAUAACAGCACUAGAGGGCAAAACAAUAUUUGUGGACGAAUACUCCAUGACUCCUAAUAAGUGGAUGACGAAGCUCUAUCAGGCAUUUACUAAAUACAGACUCAAUAUUUACAUGUUUGGCGAUACCAAUCAAUGCGACCCAGUUGAGCCAUCUGAUAUGCUUUACGAUUAUUUUGAGCCAGUGGCUGUUUCUGAGAUGUGUCCACGACGGGUUGAAAUGAAGUAUAUAGAAGAAUAUGCUCGAUACGACCCGCAAACAAGGGAUCUUCUAACCAAGUUUCUCAAGUGUGGCAUUUUCAAACACCAAUUUCAACCACCACAAGAUAGUUACUAUAAUAUUUGCUAUCUGAAUAAAACAAGACGGCAAGUCACACAAGAAUGCUGUAAUAGAUUCACUGAAAAUAAAAAGUAUGAUGAGAUCAAUUUUAAAUAUCAAGGACAUAGGGAGAAAUAUAAGGUAGCGGUUGGAAUGCCAAUGAUAGUAACACAAAAUAUGCGCAAUAAAGAUAUGUUUAAUAUGGAGCAGUACAAUAUUGAAAGCAUUAACGAGAAUGAUGAAGGCAAUCUUGAAUUCACGCUAAAUGGAACAGUAUUCAGUCACAGUGAAUUCCGCGAAUCUUUUAUCCCAGCAUUUUGUGUUACAGUAUACAAAUAUCAGGGAGGAACAAUAAGCACUCCAUAUAAUAUUUAUGAUGUUGAGAGAAUGGACAAGAAACAACUCUAUACUGCGUUAUCUAGAACAACGGAACUAAAUCAUGUCCAUCUUGAUACAACAAAAUUGAACCCCAAAUACAAAAUCAGAAUGCCACCGCUCUUCGUGACAGUGAAUAGUUACUUCAAUAAUGACUACCAUAAUGGUCAAAUUUAUAAGAUCACGUUCAAACACAAUGACAAAUUAUAUAUCGGUAGCUCUAUCAGAAAUCUACAAGAACGGCUCAAUGAACAUGCGACUACAAAAUCAAGUGCAAUAUUCAAGUACAAGGAUGAUGAACCAGUGAUCACACCGAUAAUACGCGCUCCUUGUAAGGAUCGUCAAGAAUUAAACAGAGUGGAAGCCGAAUACAUAAGAUAUUAUAGUGAAAAAUAUGGGGACCGUUUACUCAACAAACAAUUAGUCCCGAAACAGACAGUCAAAAUUGAAUAUAAACAUCAAGCGCAAAUUGAGACAGAAAAUCAAAUGCGAGAAAGACCAAAUUAUUAA